AUGUUUCUUCCGAUCAUAUUUUUCGCAACUAUCGUUGCUGUGGAAAGUUUAAGCUGCGCAGGAGGUCAGCUAACAUCAAAGCAACGUAAAGAUAUCUUACGUCAGAAUAAUAAAUUGCGUGCGGAACUGAUUCGUGGAAAACAAGUAAAUAAAGAUGGCAGAUAUAUGCCACGUGGAAAGAAUAUGCUUAAACUGAAGUGGAGUUGUGAGCUAGAAAGAUCCGCGCAGCAAUGGGCAAAUCAAUGUGUCUUUGGACAUUCACCAAGAGAUCAAAGAAACGGAGUCGGUGAAAAUGUCUAUGCUUAUUGGUCAUCAGCAAGCGUUGAAAGCCUUAGAAAUACUGCUGGAACGGAUGCUGGCGAAAGCUGGUGGUCAGAACUUCCGAAAUUGUACAAGGACAAUCCAUCGAAUAAUUUAACUUAUAAAGUUUCCGGUCAAGGUAUUUUGCAUUUCACACAGAUGGCUUGGGGUAAAACGCAUUCAAUUGGUUGCGGCAUUGCAACAAACUGCGACGGUGGUCGUACGCUGAUCGUUAUUUGCCACUAUAAGCCGAAUGGAAAUAUGAUAAAUGAAUUGAUAUAUGAACUUGGCGAACCGUGCAAAAGGAGCAGCGAUUGUAGUACGAAGAAAUGUUCAACAAAAUCUGGAUUGUGUUUGAAAUGA